UAGCUGGAUUUGAGGACCGCGGUUCUCCUUCCUCUGCCAAACCCUAUUAGCGCAGUCCCACUUUCUUCUAGCUGGUGACCAUCUCGAAGGGCAUGUAUGGCUCAUCGCUUUCACCCUCCAACCUCCUUCAUCGCAACUUUCACAUGGAGAUGUGCGUCGCGGUCACUUGGUGAUUGUACACAUUCCGGUAAACCAGUUCGGAAAUUGAACUCCGUCGUGAAGAAUCUCAAAGAAUAACAGGAAGAGACCGUAACGAUGGCGACCGAGGCCGCCCGCUAUCCAGACUUCGACUCUCUACCCUCCCCAGCAGGGGCGGAUCGCACUAAUGCUAAUUUUCCUCCCGGCGUAUCGACUUACCGGAUACCAUCUUGGGCAAAGGCCGUUUUUGCACGCUUCCCGUUGCACGAGUGGCCUGAAGCCGAGGUCCACGAUGCCUCCCACAACCCGCCGCCGAGCAAGCCGGUGCUAUAUGUGGCACAGGGUCAUCCGCGCCGCUCGUCUCCCAGCGUUACCCCUACACCAGCCCGCGGGUGGGCCAGCUCGGAUCCUCGCUGUCUUCGCUGGCAGAUGUCGCUCAUUUUUCGUGGAGUGGACUUUGAGACUGAGCAGUUGCAAGAGCGGAGCAGCUGGGGUCCCGAUCCGGCGAAUCAGAUGCCUUUUCUGCAUCUUCCCCCUUCUUACCAAGCACAAGCGGCGCUGCCGUCCACCUCCCGAUCGGUGAAGAGUCUCGUCGCGGCACAAGACUUGCCCAUGUGGUCAGAAACCAACGCACCAUGGAACAGGGACAAAGUAGAGAUUGGGCCCCGAACGGACCUGAAAGGCAAAGGCCCAGCGAGGCUGCAGGAUGAGGAGCAGCAAGCCGAAUCAGAGAUCUGGACUUCUCUGCUCGAGACCAAAGUCAUGGCCGGAGUGCUGUUGCAAAGACUGGUACUACCUGACUUUGGCGCACGCGGCCCACGCUCAGCCGGUGCGCUUUCGAGUCUUCUGCACACGCAUCUCUUAUCACAGCAAAAACUCCUCGAGCUCCGGCGCAUUGAUGCGCUUUCCUCUGACUCGUCAUCUCUUUCACGCAUGCAGACUAAAAAGUGGUCGCCGUGGGGCAUGCUUAGCAGUGCGCUCUCAAACGUCUCCUUCAAUGGCAGCACGCUGGGAGGAGAGGCGGAGGAGGAAGACGCGAGCUUGACUGGCGCGAACGCCAGAAAUGUCGAUGCGGAUUCCGUCCUUGCCGCCGCAGUCGAGGCAUUGGAGGCUUUCGCUGCCCGCGUCGCUGCAAGCGCGCCUGAGGCCGAAGCCGUGGAGGAAGGCAGUAUCACUUGGCUGUUGGGGCGACCAGAACCCGGCGAGCUGGAUGCACUAGCUUUUGCGCUCCUGCACACCAUACUCUCAUUGCCGGUUGAAAAGGACAUAAAUGGCACGAGCAUCCUGCGUGCCUGUGUCGAGCGCAGUCCUGCGCUCAGCAGGUGGACACGGCAAGUCUGGGCGAUGCACGUCAAACCACGGGGCGGAUGACACUUCUUUCGAAUGUACGGUAACGUCGAUACGAAAACUACAUUGGGAUGCGCAUACGCAUUCCGGCAACCGUUACAACAAGGGGCAGCCAUGUCGACGUCGGAGCAAGGGAGCGUUCGUGUUAGAGCGCCUUUUGAGGGGUGGGGAGAUCGA